UCUCCGUAGAUCCUGGACGAGGUUGAGAAGAGAAGGCAGAUCUCCCUGGCUGUGAUUUAUCCCUUCAUGCAGGGGCUGCGGGAAGCAGCAUUCCCAGCUCCAGGCAAAACGGUCUCUGUCAAAAGCUUCAUCCCGGAAUCUGGAACAGAGAUCAUCAACCUGACACGACCCUCUGACUCCCGCCUCGAACACGUCGACUUCACCUCACUCUUCAAAUACUUAUCGGAGGAAAACGUCAUUGCAAUUUUUGCCUCGUUGCUUCUGGAGAGACGAGUGAUAUUCCUGGCCGAGGAACUCAGUAUUCUGUCUCAGUGUAUCCAUGCUGUCGCUGCCCUGCUGUACCCAUUCACCUGGCAGCACACCUACAUCCCAGUGCUGCCCAAGGUCAUGCUCGACACAGUGUGCUCCCCAACGCCCUUUGUCGUGGGAGUACAGAGACAGUUUCGGGAACAGCUGGACGAACUACCCAUCGAAGAGUGUUUAAUGGUGGACUUGCAUUCAGGAGAGUUCUUGCAAAAAGUUGGUGAUGAGCAUGAUAUUCUGCCCCACAAGAUGUACAAGGAGCUUCUGAACUCUCUGCAAAGCCAGAGAAAGACUUGUCAGUGCAGCCAGGAGUUAAACGACAUGGUGACAAACACCUUUGUGCUGUUCUUUGUUAAAGUCAUCGGACAUUAUUCUGACCACCUUAAACGAAACCGGAAUGAAAUUACAUUUCAAGAGAAGCAGUUUCGCAAAUCUGUCGCCUCCAGAUCCAUCCGCAAGUUUCUCAAGAGCUUCAUGGUGACACAGAUGUUCUUGCUGUUUGUCCAGGAGUUACAAGAUCCUCUUUGUUCUCCAGAAGGGUUUUUUGAGAAGAAGAUAAAAGAACACCGUGAGAACAGAACUAAGGUAAAGUAGGGUAGUUUCCAGUAAACAAUGGAGCUGACAUCGGGAGAACAGUCUAAUGUCAGCCUACCACCUCACGCCGAAAAUGGCUGAUCAGCAGCAGGAGAACAGGUCACUUUGUCCUCAGGGUCAAAGACAGAGGCAGCUACCUCAGAAGCUUGUCAUCAUUGUGAGCAGCUUGUAAAUUUUGAAUGAUUGUAUUUAAAUGGACUAAUUUCAGAAAGGGCAGUUUGGGAAAAGGGGAAGUGAUGUGGUAUUGAUAUUCUUUGAAUAUCUUAAACAAUGGUUUUGUUGAAAUGUGUGUUUUUCCUCUUCUCAAACUUUUAUUUUGUCUCCUUUUUUUUAAUGAAUGUGGAUUUGAUACCAGGCAAACGUUUGAAAUCUGGAGUAAGAACAAAGAAAAUUAGGAAAUGCUGAGCAGGUUGGGCAGUGGCUCUGGAGAAAGAACCCAGAGUUAAUAUUUUUGAUCCUUCAGAAUGGAGGAAAUAUAGAAAUGCAAUAUGUUUUACGGCAGUUGAAGGGAGGCGGGCCAGGAAGUUCAAAGGAGGAAGUCUAUGAUUGGGUGAAAGCCAGGGAGAUUAAUAAGAAAAAUUGCAUGAUGCAAUAGCUACAGAAAGCAGUAAAGGAUGUUAUAUCCAGAUGACGGGUGAUUUCUGCAUAAUGUAGCAACUAAUCUCCUCUGGCUUAUCCCAGAGCUUCCAAUUUGUUGUUCUUCUCCCUCUUCCGCCGACUUGAGCAUUCUUGCAUUUUUAUCUUGAAUAUUACUGAAAAACUAUAUUUUGUUGAACCUUUUCAUUUUGCACUCUUCAGGACAAUUCGUAAAAAAUACCAAUUUAAGGAAAAAAGCAGACAUUAAUGCAUUUAAGCAAAGUUUGGCAGCUAACUGUCAGAAAUCAUAAACUGGUGCAUCCUCCAUGGUAACGUCUCUACCAAUCAGACUCCACCUGUCGACUUACAAGAUGUAACAAGGCGUAGAGCUGGAUGAACACAGCAGGCCAAGCAGCAUCAGAGGAGCAGGAAAGCUGACGUUUUGGGUCUCGACCCUUCUUCAGGAAUAUCCAGCUCUACACCUUGUUGUCUCAGAUUCUCCAGCAUCGGCAGUUCCCACUAUCUCUGAAUCGACUUACAAGAUGUGUCUUUUCUUCAGCAAUAAUCAAGUCUUCUAUGCCUAAACAACAAUUUCUAUCUAUCUUCAAUUCAGAUGGAAGGGCAUCGACCUGAAAUGUUAACUCUGUUUUUCUCCACUGAUGCUGCCUGAUUUGCUGUGAGUACAUUAGUAUUUAUGUUCUCUGAUCGAGUUGGUUACUGUACCUGUCCCGGGCCCUGACCAUUUCAUUCCAAGCUAUAGGUUGAGGAUCUGGCUGUCUGGAGCUUCUGUACAUAAAAACGUUUUGUUUCAAUGUCUCUGGGACCCCCAAAGCAUUUUAAGCGCAAGGGUUGAGUGGGAAAAUCAGCUCUGACUGUGAAAAACAAAUUGCUGGAAAAGCUCAGCAGGUCUGGCAGCAUCUUGGAGAGAAAUCAGAGUUAACGUUUCGGAUCCAGUGACCCUUCCUCAGAACUGUUAACUCUGAUUUGUCUCGAACAGAUGCUGCCAGACCUGCUGAGCUUUUCCAGCAAUUUCUGUUUUCUAUUCUGAUUUCCAGCAUCCGUAGCUCUUUCAGUUUUUAUUUAGCUCUGACUCUGCCUCUAGGGUUAGAGAAGACAGGUUAGGCUAGGAAUUUCCUGUGUUAUAUCAGAUGUUUUCUACUGUUCCCCGUUUGGAAAAUUGUAGCCUACCUGCCACUGGAUUCCCCAAUCCAAAACCAGUCAGCAAUGACCCUACCAAUGGGAAUCCACUUGUCAACCAGUCACCUGCCACUGAAAAGAUCUGAGGAGCACUGAUUGGCUGGAGGUGGUUCAACCGCUCCCACCCUCAUCCCUCCCCACAUCCACCGCCCCAACUCCAGUCCAGUCCCGUCCCCUCCCACCCCAUCCCCUCCAUGCUGGCCCCACUUGACGAGGGAGUGCUGCAUUGCCAGAGGUACACUGUCUUUCAGCUGAGACAUUAAACCAGAACUUCACCUCCUCCACAUAGAAGGUACCAUGGUCCUAGUCAAAGAUAUGAACUUUUUGCUAAUGCCUUGACCAAGAUUUGUCCCAAAGUCAACGUCCUAAAAACAGAUCAUCUGCGAUUUUUCAUAUUGCUGUGAAAUGCUUUGGAGAUGGUGAGGAAGGUCACUAUGUAAAUACACACUCAUUCCAGAUGGAGAAUGGGGUACAAGUUAAAAUUUCUCAGGCCUGAGUAUGUCUUGUCCAGUUGAAACUUGCUAGGAUUAUACUGGCCCCUGUGGUUCAUUUGUUGCUGUGUCUUUUCCAUUGAAUGUUCUGUAAAUCAGGCAGUACACUGUCAUGUUACAGAGAAAAUCUUUAAUUACACACUCACUGUCUUACGUUGCUAUUUCUGAUGUUACUGUGAAGUUUCAACCUAUGUACAAAAUAAUGUGACACACUGGUUGUAUAUAAUCUGCAUAGCAUUGGAAAUGGAGAUUUUAAAUAAAAUAAUUUUAAAUCAAAA